AUGACAACAGUAGAAAGAACGAUGUCAUCGACAUCUACCAAACUGACAGCAAGAUCUUCGGCAUGUAGCACGACUUCGUCAAUGCGUAAACAAAACCGAUCGCAUUUUGCUAAAUACUACUCGGAUUUAUGCCACAUUCAGCAUUCUCAUCCUUUAAGUGUCAUUAAACAAAAUUUAGAUAAAGGUAUUUUGGAUUUUUACUGUGACAGAAUAAAAUUUGAGGAAUGGUGGUCCAUAAUAAAUGCUUUAAGUUGUGAUAAAACGCUUCAUUUUGUUGCCAUUAGGUCGCGACAUCCUCAAAGGCAAACUUUAGAAACGGCCGAUACUGAAUUAAAGGCUAGAGGUGUAACUAAGCAGCCGGUAGUUACUACAAGGUUUGUUCUUUUAUGGCUUACGGAAGCGUUAAAAAUGUGUCUCAGUCAAUCAUCAACUUUAACUGUUUUGGAAUUAGAAGGUUUACCACUUUUAGGAGACUAUUUAACUUCCCUAACUCAGGGACUAGUCCAUACAACAACUCUUCAGCAUUUAUCUUUAUCAAGAUGUCCGAUUAGAGACGAAGGUGCUGAAAUUAUUUGCCAAGCGAUCAGAAAUUUACCGUCAGUUUUAUCGUUAGAUUUAUCUUACUGUGGUUUAACGGAAAAAGGUGCCGAAAUUAUAGCUGGAUUAAUUAAGUAUCAAAAAUUAAAUCGCUAUAGCGAAGCUUGGAAACAAACAUUGAGAUAUCGCGAUCCCGAUGUGGAAGCCAUGCCGGGACUAAGAAGAAUAACAUUAAAUAGCAAUCCUAAUUUGGGAGACGAAGGAAUUAAUAUUUUAGUAGAAGAAAUAAAAGAUGACCUAUGGCUCCGAGCGCUGGACGUUCAAGAUUGUGGACUAACUGAUGUUGGCGGUAGAAUAUUGGUAGACCUUCUUGAAAGUAAUGGUAAUUUGGUUAUUGUCGACGGAAGGGCUAAUGCUUUUAUGAAUGAAGAAGUAUUGCUUGAAAUCAUGAAUCAGUUAGCUCUAAACAAUCAAAAUAAAAACGAUACCGAGUAUAAAUGGAUUAAUAAAAAUCCGGAUUUAAAUAAGAGGAAAACUCAAAGAUUGAAUGCCAGGCUCAGGCCUUGGACGGGGCGUAGUAGCACGCAUUUAAACAAUAAGGUUCCUCCACCCUCUGAGUAUGGUUCUGGUGUUACCACAACGAGGCCUCCCUUUUUAAAGAGAAGCAACACAACUUUAAAUAACGAUUCAUUUUGGAAGAAAAAACAACAAACGAUGUUCGAUAAGCGAAAAGAUAAUUCCAAGUCAAAUGAAAACGAACGACUAAGACUACAGCUAAGAGAUUUAACUUUGCUGUUAAGUCAAGAAGUAAGUCAUAAAUUGGCAUUAAUGGAAGAAAACAAAGCUUUAAAAGAGUUGUUAGAAAAAGAAGAAAAUGAGAAAAAAAAACUAGCAGAGGCUCAAAACAGCAAAUUACAUUUGGAAGAUGAUACUUUGAAAGUUAUUGAAAAAACUAUUAAUAGAUUCGGAAUGUAUUUGGAACAAAAGAAUAAAGAAAAAGACAUUGAAGAAAAUGAAAGUGAAGUUACAACUGCUAGAAGUACAGAAGAAAAGGAUUUACCAGAACUAGUAUCGAAUCUACAAGUAAUUUUAAAAAAAGCAGCUAGUUCAACAGAUCAAAGCUUUGAAAAAAAGAAAAGUUACAAAAAACAUAAAGAAAAAGCUAGGCAAUCAAAAAGUGAAAUUAGAAGUACAGCUACAAGAGAUAAUAAAUUAUUUAUCGAUUUAAAAGUAGGUGACCACAUAAGCGAAGAAAAUGCAUUAGAUAAGCAUAGAAUGAUUUUAGAAAAAAAUAGAAGGACACAAUGGUUGAAAAAUAGAGCUAAAGAUCAAAUUAUUUGGGAAGAGGAAGAAACAAGUUCAAACUGUGGUGAUCAUAAAUCGAAAAAGCAAAUUGCUAACAAAGAGAAAUCAAAAGCUCAAGCCAUGUUUUUUAAACUACUAGAAGAAAGGCAAGAAAAUAGAGAUAAUUUUAGUUCGAAAAAUUACAAUGUUGGUUUUGAAACUUUAAAUUCUCACGAUGAAAUUUCAUCUGAUGAUUCAGAUUAUGAUUCGAAAUCAACAGAAAACUUAAAAAACCAGAUGUCAAGAAUGAAUUUUAUGAAUAAUCAUCACUGGUUAAUGGCACAUAAAUGUUUUCAAAAUCAAUAA